UCAAUAGACACCGGUUGGAUAUGUUGUUUCUUGCAUUGCUCGCUCUGUUAUCUGGUCGACUUUGUACUGUUUAACGUAUUCUACGACCCUCCUUACAACAUUUGACAAGAUUCAUCUUCAGAAAGUUGUCAGGUCUGAACAAACAAAAUGAUGAUUGUAUAUCGACAGUUCUAUUGUCAAUGCCUUCUGAUCCUAUCGGUGACCAGUGCCUACUGUGCGUACAUAGAACCUACCAGGAAUGAUCUUAUGCGUUAUCUUUUGGAAGAAGCAGAUUAUGACCAUAACUUCCCACCAAGUUCAGAUAAUGUUACAAAUGUUUCUGUUCAACUUUACAUCACUGAUUUUAACUCGGAGAGUGAUAAAGACAGGGAAAUUGAGUUUACACUCUACCUUCGAAUAAAUUGGACAGAUCCACGACUAGAUUAUACCAGAAAUGAAACAACAUACGACGUCAUCAACUUUGGCGAUGAUAUGGUAAAACAUCUUUGGAUACCUGACUUAUACUUUCUCAAUGAACGACAGUCACUUUUACAUGGUUUGUUUGAAAGAAACCAGCUGGCAUACAUUUACAAAAAUGGAAGCGUUUUCUACAGUGGCAGGUUUAACAUAAAGUUACAUUGUACAAUGACUUUUGAGAAAUACCCAUUCGACACUCAAACAUGUCCUAUAGAAAUUCAAAGCUAUGCUUAUUCGACAGAUUAUGUUCUUCUUCACUGGAAUGGCGACCAUGCCGUACAAAUUGCACCAUCAUCUGAUCCAAUCAGACCUAAAAUACCGUUACAGGACCAAAGCAUAGAGACAAGAUAUACCUACCCAAUAGCCGGAGAAUUUUCAACACUAAGAACAGAAAUACAAAUACCACGUCCAAAGGGAUCAUACGAUAUGAUGAUAACAGUGCCUUCAUCCAUUCUUAUUGUAACAGCGCUCACAUCCUUCCUCCUUGGAGACAAUAUAACUCCUCGUAUAGGUGUUCCUACGGGUACUUUGAUCUCGUUGUUUGUACAGUGGUCAGGGACGUACUCGAGACUAUCACUUGAUUCAACAACGUUUUAUUUAGAUAUAUGGAUGUGUGUACAUUUAGCUUUUCUCGGACUCAUUCUUUUUGUAAAUGCCUGCAUAUGUCAUUUCAAAUAUCGAGAGGAUGACAGAGACAAGAAAGAUAACAGAAAGGCCGUUGCUACACAG